AUGCCAGUCGACGAGGCCCCUGUGAGUGAGGCCGUCACUGACCAUGGCCGAGUUCCCCUCCAGGUCCUCGACAAGGCCCAGGUCAGCCGUGUCCCUGCCAGCUCUGAUGCCGGGCCUCUCACCGUGGAGCUCUUCACCACUCCGGCUGGGGUGGUCCUACGACUGGCGGUGCCUAUGGGCGUUAUUAUGAAGAUCAUCAUGACUGCCGAGGGGCUCUUCGGCCCAGAUGGACAUGUCGUCAAACCAGAACCGCCGGCCAAACGGAUCGAGGUUAACGUACCCAUCUCUAAAGACGUGGGAACGUUGCUCAACAUCAAGUGCCUGACGGGCGUUACAAAGGCUAGUGAGCUGCGUGAGCACGCAACAGGAAAGACCAGUGUGGUCUCAGGCCGGGAGUAUACAGUACUGGAAGCCCACGCCCAGCUACCUAAAUUUGCCAUGUACCAUUUCGUCGGCCCGAGCCUAGAAGGACAGAGUGUUCCAACAGGGUUCAAGAGAGCUUCUACCUGGGAGAUGGCUCUGCGACGGUCACUGAAGGGACUCUACAAGUAG